AUGGUUGAUCGCUGUCAUGAUAGUAUGGUUGCUUUGAUGGGAACGAUAGCUUGGAGGUUGUGGGGAAACAGAAACGAAGUCCGUCAUGGAGGUAAGAGGCUUGGCGAAUUGGAAUUAUGUCAUGAUGCCUCAAUCUGGCUACUGCAAUUCCAGGAAGCAAAUGAGGCCACUACUGCUAUGGUACCUAUGCAGUCCGAACUUGUGUUUCAACGUACAUGGCUACCUCCCUCAAAUCAAUUGUAUAACGUCAAUGUGGAUGGGGCCGUUUUCAAGGACAGAAAUGAAUCGAGGGUGGGAGUCAUUAUACGUGAUGUUAAUGGUCUGGUGGUGGCUGCAAUGUGCAAAAAUUUCCAUAUGCCUUUGGGUCCAUUAGAGGUGGAAGCCAAGGCAUUUGAAUCUGGUCUACUUUUUGCCAAAGAUGUAGGAUUACAGAAGUUUAUUUUAGAAGGGGAUUCCAUUAAUGUGGUUCAUGCCCUUCAAGGAUUGUCGCCUCCAUCAGUUUCAGUGAUGUCUCUCAUCUAUGGGAUCCAAAGCUCUUGUAAUGAUGUUCGGAAAGUGUUGUUUUCUCAUGUAUGUAGAAAUAGAAAUAGACUUGCCCAUCUCUUGGCAAAACAUGUUAUUAGUAUUGUUGACUUUAUGGUUUGGAUGGAAGAGAAUUCUUAUUUUUUGGAACAAGCUCUCUAUCAUAAUGUAAUGUUUUCUUCUGUUUAA